AGGUACAAAGGUGAAUGGCUCGUCAAAUGGACGCUGGUUGUCCACUAUCACGCGGCAGCGAACACCCAAGGAGGAUUCACUGGUGAGCCACCAUGACACUCCUAGGGAGCCACAGUAAAACGGCGCAGCAGGAAGAGCUACGGCAGGCGCGCCGUUUGCUCAAGGAGCGCGUGCGGGCUGAUUGGGACUAUCCACCACUACCCGCCUACCAACGCACCCAACGUAGGACGGAUGUGACUUCUGCUGGCGAUGAGGAUGCACGAGUUGCCGGCUUUCGCUUUCAUGUCGGUGGAGCGGCCGUGGAUGGCGUUGGUGCGGGGCCGGAGGAUGACGGAGAAGAGGUUGAAUGGCGAGAGCGAGAAUGCUCUUCAGACUCCGAUUCCAACGGCGACGACAGCGCCGUAACUACGAGCAGCAAGAGCAGCAAGAAGAGCAAGACGAGCAUCUUCAAGUUCGAGGGCCCGGAUAGCGUCGGCGAGCAGAUACGCGAGCAACGACAAGCCCGCAAGCGAAAACGGCAAAGGGCGCUCGAGCAGGAGUUAGGCUGGAAUGAAGGCUUGCAGCAUUGGACAACCAGACGGAAUGCCUGGUCCGGUGCGCGCACUGCAGCAGAAGUUCGCGUGCUGCAGAGUACCCAAAAACACCACUACAAUGCGUCUCCAGCGCCGCGACCGAGCUCGUCAAGCUCUGUUGCCACAGACUCCGCUGUAAGCACACCGCGAACUUCUGUCUCGUCGAUGCCCGCGGCAGAAGCAGGCUCGAGCAGUACAGCAUCAUCCCAACAAGCAUCACCAAACAACAAUGGCAAGCAGUCUACGCUGCCUACCGUACCAAGUUCAGCAUCCCAUACGCAGUCGGCUGUGAUGGUUCCCGUCUGUCCCGCCAUUCUCCCAAACCAUCCGAUCCGACGUCGCAUCAACCCAGCCAUGCAUCACGAGAUCUACAAUAAAAUCAUCCUGCAGUCACGAACGCCAUCCGUGCCCAUCAACUUACUCACGCUUGUCUCGGCGCUGGUGCAAGGCUGGAAGGAAGACGGCGACUGGCCUCCGAAGGAUACGGCGCCCGAACCAAGCAUUGGGAGGCGUAAGACGACCAAAGACGCCGGAGAGAUUGCCGGCGGGCUGAAGAAUGGUGUAAAGGCAGUUGGGAGGGUGUUGAGGUUGACCGCUCCCGUUGAGAUGGCCACACGGAACAGGAAGGAACAGUGGAAUGUUGAUUCCAUGAAUGCUCCGUCUUCCGGAUAGAUCAUUGAGAAAUGCUCCACGAGUUAAAAAUGACGACAGAACACCCUAUCAUACACAUUUGGAUCAGUAUCUGAACUAUACCAUCUCACAACGCUCAUGCAGGGGCACGCGCGACAGCGGA